UAGUGACUAACUAGUUUUUAAUCUGUGGUGUCUAGUACGUAUUCUAUAGUGAUAUGCGGUGUAGUUUUUAGAAAACAAAAGUAAACUGACCAAUUUAUCGCGCCCAGUAAAUAAGUGUUGCGAACUGAUGACAUGUAUAUAUGGAUGGAAUAGUUAAACUUUAUAGAAAACGUUAGUAAAAUCAUGAAUGCGUUGGUAGACAGUGAACUAAGAGCUUCUCCACUUACAGCUCUUACCCAUGAAUCUCUCAAUUUGCUAUCAUCGUUGCUAAAUACAAGAAAAAUUCUACUUACUGUUUGUCCAGAUCAACUGUCAAGACAUAGGGACUGGAGAGGUGUCGCAUCUCUUGCCAACAUAAGCUCAGAAGUUGCAGCCAGUAUUCGGGAAUACAAUGACAAGACACGGCGGGUGAUAGAUUUAUGGAUACACAAUAACGAUGGCACCGCAACUGUCGGGAGACUCUUGGAUAUCUUGCAGUGGAUAGACAGACAUGACGUGUAUGAUGAUUUGUUGGAUCUCGCUAGCAGAAAUAAGCUUAUAGUUAAACAAGUAAAUCAAAAUGGCCACCAGGAGGUGGUGGCAGCGGUGUCGGAAGAGGAUCUCAUCACUUACGACGACAAAAAGUUCGGCUGCCCCCAGCGGUAUCACGCGUACGUGCUGUCUGCGCGGGAGGACAGGGACUUUGUCAACGAGCUGUUGAACCGACUGACCGAGAAUGGCUUUAGGUUGUGUACAGAAGACGACCUGUUACCGGGGCACGGGACGCGUUUCGCGCCAGUCUCGCGGCUGAUAUCGGAGCGCUGCAGUCGCAUCAUACUGAUAUACUCCCCGGACUUCCUGCGCAGUCCGGCUAACACGUUCUUCAUGAAUCUGGCUCAAGCCGAUGGAAUUGAAAAGAAACAGCUGAAAAUAAUACCCAUAAUGUACCGACACUGCCUUCUCCCAUUGCACCUGACAUACUACCACAACUUGUACUACAGUACCGACCGCAAGUCGCCCUACGAGUUUUGGGGCAAGCUGGAGCGCUCGUUGGAAGUGCGGGAUGUGCCCAGAUUAACCAGCUCCUCAUCCGCACAUUCGGCUAUGAGAAUCGAAGAGUUACCCAACAGUGAAACGAAUAGGUUCACUCCAGAGAAAAAACAAGAUAAUUUCCUGACGCUACCGAGCCCACCUACCGAUACGUCCUCUAUGAACGACCUCCGGGCGCCGACUGACACCAAAUCGUCAUAUGACACGCAGUCUCUGAACUCAAGCAUCGACUCAAAAAAGAAAAAGUCGGGAUUUAGAAAACUUUUGGACUCAUUCAAAGGGAAGAAAUAUAAAAAAGCAUUUAGAGCGCAAAAUUAAUGUCAUUUGCAAGUUAUACUCAUUUGUAAAGCUAAAUAUUAGCUCAGUGUGGCUGGAAUUGUGCAAAAAUGGCGGACAUGCAAUUAAAUCUAAAGAAAUCGUCAUUCCAAAUUUGAAUCCAAAAUUUUUUUUAUGAAUGCCAUGAAGAAUGAAAAAGUAUAUGUUGCCUUAUGUAAAAGGUAAAUAAUUUAAAAUAAGAAAGUAUAUUGUCCCCCUGUCUUAUUCGUAGAAAGUGAGUAUAUUUUUAAUUUUAUUCUAUAAAUGUUUUGAAAGGCAUCUAUAUUUGGUGAAAUAUUCUACAACUUCUUUUGUGUAUUUAAAACGAACAGAAGCAAAGCUAUAUAUAUAACUAUUUUAAUAGGGUUGGCAAAAGAGAAUAAAAUGUACUGUUUACUGAGACUCACCAAUGUGACAGUGGUUUGUUGACACGCACACAUGCGCCGUAUGCUUGUAAUAGUUGAUCGCAAUGGAAUGAAUAUUUGACUCGCGUGUUUUUUUACUCGUGUGCUCUAGUUGCGAAUAUAUCGUUUUGAAGCAGUUUUAUAAAGUUCUAGAUACGUAGUACACGCAUUUGAAUGGCAAUAAGUAGUCAGGUAAUUGCCUGACUUGUGUAGGCGAGCGAGUGAGAUGUAAUAUGUUAUAUGCGUGCGAGUGAAAGAGAAGAUGAAGCGCGGCUUAUAAACGGCAGUUGCCUUUUCAAAAUGCAAUAUUUUUGUUGUAUGACCGGUCUAUACUUUUGAUACGUUUGAGAUUAUUUAGAGAUUUGUCAUAUUAUGCGCAAAUUGUUGUAUUCUACAGGAAGAAUUUAAUUCUAAGUAAAAAUUUUAUAUAUGUAACUGAUAUUAUCAAUUAUAGACGUAAGUAAAUAUUAUAAUGCUUUUUGGGAGUGUAUAAUUAUGUUAAACUUAUUGCAAGAGAUGUUUAUUUCAUUCUAUUUUUCGUUAGUCUAUUUCCUAAGUCAGGAAUAUGAGAAUUUAAUAAAAAUAUUGUCAAGCUGAUAUAUUAUAAUACUAGAAACUAAUGAUUAAUAUUUUUUGUAAUUGCACUUUAGUUGAUGCUUGUAGGUACUUCCUAUUUUAAAGGGAUGUGUAAUUUAGACUACUAGAAUAAUAUUUUUGUUUUGUAUUAUAUGAGACUGCAUUAUAUUUCGAAUAUUUUUUAUUUAAAUACUUAAAAAAAAUCAGCCCUUAAAUGCUAAAAUUUUUAUUAAAUAAAUAAUAUAUAUGAAAUAAUUAUAUGAAAAUCUUACACUUAAAUUUGGACUGUACCAGCUUUUUGUAUAUAUAUAUAAUUUUAUAACUAUAUAUCAAUAUCUUUCCUUAGAAAUGUAUAUUUUACAUUGUUAUACAGGGUUUGGAGGAAUUUAUAAAAAGAUUAGAACAUUAACUUGUGAUAUGAAAUAUCCUCAAAGGUGCUUCCAAAGUAUUUAUAUAUUUUAUAUAGCGAAUAUGUGUUGUUAUUUUAAUUGUGAAAAUAAAACAACUGAAAUGUUU